GCCGUCAGAGCACCUGCGUCAGUUAUCGUGUAAACCUCUGCGGAGCAAACAGGCUCCACAAAGCUCCCAGCGUGUCAAAGGCAGUCUUCGUUGAAAUAUAACUUCGGCAAUUUUCUUAACAUUCAGCAGAUCCUCAUCAUGAAGCCAGUCCUAAUCGUCUUAUCCUUCUUUCUGGCUUCCCAAUACGUCACGGCCAGUGUGUUCUUCUGCUACUGGGGUUCGUGGUCCUACUAUCGAAGUGGCGACGGAAAGUUCUCGGUGGAGCAGAUCGACCCCAACAUGUGCACCCAUAUCGUGUAUUCAUUCGCCAAGCUGGACAACGGUGUCAUAGCGGCUUCCGAUGCUUAUCUGGACCUGACAGACGACUCGGGACUAGGAAUGUACAGCAAACUCAACGACCUAAAGACAGUAAAUCCGAAGCUGAAGACGCUUAUCGCUAUUGGAGGCUGGAACGAAGGCUCUCUCAAGUACUCCAGCAUGGCGUCCACUCCGGAGGGCCGGAAGAAAUUUGUCGACAGUGUAGUCCUUUUUCUUGAGAAGCACGGCUUCGACGGUUUGGACGUCGACUGGGAAUAUCCAGCUAACAGAGGCGGUGCGACACAGGACAAGGCGAACUUCGCGCUCCUGCUGUCAGAACUUCGAGGAGCGCUGGAUAGCAAGAGUCGCAUGCUCACAGCUGCAGUGUCCGCAGGGCAAGCAACCAUUGACACGGCAUACGACGUCCCUGGCCUUUCCAAGUACCUCCACUUCAUAAACCUCAUGACCUACGACUUCUUUGGCUCCUGGAACCCAUACACGGGUCACAACUCUCCUUUGAAAGCCAGACAAAACGCGCCCGAAACAGAAGAAAUGCUGAACGUGGAGAGUAGCGUAAAGUACUGGAUCGCUAAGGGUGCUGACCCUAGGAAGCUGACCUUAGGACUACCGCUGUACGGCAGGACAUUUGUGUUGGCUGAUCCGGCAAACGAUGGAUUUGGAGCUCCAACAACUGGUCCUGGACCCGCUGGACCUAUUACUCAACAACCAGGCUCUCUUGGAUAUAACGAGAUCUGCACGAUGCUUGGAGCUGGGGGAUGGAAAAUUACGAGGGAUCCAAAUGUCGUCGCUCCAGUUGCUGUUAAAGAUAAACUGUGGAUUGGAUACGACGACGUUGGCAGUCUCAAAGCUAAGGUGAACUUUGCACAGACUCUUGGUUUAGGAGGCGUCAUGACUUGGUCUAUCGAAACCGACGACUUCAACGGAAAGUGCCACGGCACCAAAAAUCCUCUGCUGACUGCCAUCCAUGGUGCCCUUGCGGGCGGAGAGGUCACCGUCAAACCCAUCGUCACCAGCAAGCCCUCAUCAGUUUCAUCGACCCAGGUUUCGAAAACUACAACAACGACAUCCAAAAGUCAAAUAACUAGUACCACGACUACAACAAAAGCUCCGUCUAGUUCGACGGAAUGGAAAUGUCCUGGUGAAGGCUUUUACGCAAAUCCAAAAGACAAGACCAAGUUUUACCGCUGUGUUCUAAACGCGACAGGAGGCUUCGAUGCUAUUAGUUUUGACUGUCCUCUUGGCACAGUCUUCAAUGAAGAGUAUGAUGUUUGUACAUUCCCAUGAGCGUGCUAAAUAUUUAUUCAGAAAAUAAAAUUACAAUCAGUUGCAA